UGCCGCGCUCCCCGGAACUGGAAAAGAGCGGAUAGGAACUGUAGUUGCUAGCGGAGCGCUGGGACGCGGCGCGGUUUGGCGGGAGCUGUGAGUACGGAGUAGGCUGCUCUCGAGAACAGCAGCGCUGAGGAGACGCUGUGCCGCCUGCGCAGAAAACUGAGGAGCGGGGCUGUGCCUGCCGCCCUCGAGGAGACGCUGACAUCGUGCUGUGCUUUGCUGUUGAAGUAGCCGAGGCUCUUUUUAGCUAUGGUGUCUGGCACACGUGUAACCAGUAAAGACAAUACUGUAGGACUUGAAGAGGGGUUUAUUUCUGUGCCUAAGGGUAAAAAUAAGUGCAGAGCGCUCUGUGCCUUCGUGAGGGAAUAAGACCGCGUCCCUCCGCCCCUCGAGAUACAUCGGAGGCAGGGCUGAAAAGCCCAAGGAGCGCCUGUACGGUGCGAGGAAGAUAAGGCAUGUCUGCUGUGGCUGGAACCAUGGGAGACUUGCCUGCUAAAGACGUGGGUUCAACUCCAUCUAGAAGUGGAGGAUUAGUAGCACCUGCACCCAGUGUUAAAGCUCGGCGACCUGUGACACAAUUCAGUCAGAAGGAGCUGGAAGAUAAAUAUUUUUGUUUACGUGAUGAAAACAUCUUGCUUAAGCAGCAUGCAAAUAAGCAAGAGGAAACAAUUAAAAGAAUGGCCACCAGGUUAAUACGGCUUGUUAAAGACAAAAAAAGGAAUGAGCAGAUUGGUGGCAGCCCCAAGCGGCUGGGUCGUACUGUGGAGCUGGAAGAAACAAUUGAGCAGUUGCAGGGGAAAGUUCGUGAUCUGGAGAAACAAAAUGAGGUCCUCCACAGCAAACCCAUUUCAAACAAACAGCAGGUCCAUAUUCAAAGCCAUAGGCCUGUUCAAUACAAAUAUGCUCAGUCUCUCACUAACACUGGACUCAAAAAAGCAAGUGGUGCUGCUGGCACAUUGGAACACACAAAGAAAGGAAUGGGAGUGCAGUAUUUAGAAGUGAGACCACCCCAAACUGUUCCCCGACGAUGUGGCCAGAGUCUGCUUGAGGAUGCAAGAGCUAAAAUAAGAGAUUUGGAAACUGUGAUCAAUUCCCAAAGGGAGCGCAUUGAGGAACUGGAGCAUCUUAAAGAGCUACUUGGGAGUCAGCUGAGAAAGAGAGAAAAAGAAAUCGAAGAAUCUGCCCUACAUGUGGAAGAGCAAGAGGCAGCAAAACAAAGGUCAAACAUUCGAGACAAUGUGGAAAUGAUUAAGGUCCGCAGACAGCUGUUUGAGAAAAGCAGUGCUCUUUCAAAUGUGGAAAGAAAAUUUCUCCAGCUUCAAGAGAACCAGAGGAAUUUGAAGACUAGCCAUGAUCAGUUAAUAGCAAAAAGUGAUGAGCUGAGUGUCCAGCUUAAAGAGGAGCAGUUAGAGUGCCUUCGUCUUAAAAACGAAUUGCAGUUGGUGACCAUUACCAAGCAAAGGACAGAGGAGUUACAGCAAAGAAUAAAUGAUCUAGAGCAAGAGAAGGAAGUCUUGAAGGAAAGCUAUGAUAAGCUAUCAAACAGUGUCUUCAGUGUGACCCGUGAACAGGAAUGGAAAUUAAAGGAAGAGCAACUGAAACUGCGAAUUGCUGAACUAGAGACUGCUAUCAAGUCUAGUUUAGCAGAGAAAGAUGAAAUCCUUGACAAGCUCAAAGUAGAGAGAGAUCAAAAGGAAAAGCUGAUGCAGGAGAACAAAGACCUGCAAUCAUGCUACCUGAAAAAUAAGCAAGAGCUAGAUGAACUGAAAAAUCGCAUGAAUUCACUGACCAAGGAAUGUUAUGUUGAUGUUGAUGCAACAGAACUCAAUGAAGCUCUGUUGCUCAUAAAGGUUCGAAAGCAGCAGCAGAAUGGGGACCUUUUAUGUUUGGAAAAAGAAGGUGAUGGUAGCCCUGAAGAUUUGGAACAUUCCAUGAAGAAGCUGCAAUUAAUACAUGUGGAAACAGUGCAUGAACUUGAAAAGACAAGGAAUAUGUUAGUUGUACAGCAUAAGAUUAACAAAGGUUACAAGACUGAAUUUGAGGCAAUGGCGCAGAAGAUGGAAAGUCUACAGAAAGGCUAUGAGUUAAAAAUAGAAAAGUAUGUCCAUCUUCUUGAUAGUAGAGCUGAAUGCAUCAGAAAACUUGAAGCCCAACUGAAAGAUGUUGUCUACAGUACUAAACGAUACAAACCCAGACCAGAAAUACUGCCAGUCAAUCCAGUGAAUAAAUCUGAUGCAACUCUACAUUUAGAAAGAGGACAGGGCCUUUUUGAACUUCAUAUCAUCAGAGUGAUCUUGUCUUCUGCAGCUGUGCAUGCUUUUGGUGACCAUGAACCUGCAACUUUUUGUUGUUUUACAUUUUAUGACUUCCAACUUCAAACAACUCCUGUUUUGUAUGGAAAUAUCCAGUCAUAUCACUUUACUUCUCAGCAUGUCGUGAAGAUUGAUGACUGCUUCUUGAGCUACAUGAGGAAUAGCAGUAUCACUCUUGAGAUUCAUCAUGCAUAUGGCAAAGACCAUGAAACAGUAGCAAUAUGCCAGGUGGCCCUCCAUGAAACCCUGGAACAGAAUGGGAGGAUCUACGGCUCGGAAGAUUUAGUUGGAGUGAAUGGAAACGUCGAAGGUUUUGGUACUUUAGAAUACUGGAUCCGGUUCCGAGCUCCUAUGGAUCGAUCCAUUGGUCUUUACAAAGAGAAGUCCAAAGCUCGAGGGUAUAUAACACCCAGUUUGAGGGAAGACGGAUCACCAUUCCAGCCAAUUCCCAGAGCUGCCCAAGUCAGCACUUCAACAGGUGGCGAUUUAAAUGAGCUCCUUGUUACAAUAAAAUGUUGUAACUGUCUACAAUCCCAAAAGAAAUAUCGUCAGCCAAAUUCGUAUGUUGUCUACAAGUUUUUCGAUUUUGCACACCAUGAUACUUGCAUCAUUCCUAGCAGCAGCAACCCAGAAAUAGAUGACCAUAUGUGUUUCCAAAUGCCAAUGACUGCAGAGUUAGACCGAUACUUGAAAUGGGAAUCCUUAACAUUUUAUGUAUUUGAUGAUGCCGAAGUGGGAGAAGAUAGCUAUUUAGGGAAAGCCAGUGUGCCUCUUAUUCCCUUAGCAUCUAACAGAUCUAUCUCAGGUACAUUUGAAAUAACAGAUUCUGAAAGAAGAUUUACUGGUGCUAUCAGAGUUAUGUUAAAAUGGAAGUUUGCCUACCAACCGCCGAGUGGAGCCGCAGUGGCUUCAGACUCAGAGAAUUACAUUCAGAGUAAGAAAUCAGUGGCACCUAAAUUAGUUUCAGAAGAAGAAACGCAACCUCCAACCUCCUCUCCUUCUUUAACUUCAUCAGUGACAGUACCCGUACCGAAACCAAGACGCCGUACAGCUCCAACAGACAAGAAAGUGUCAUUUGUGAAUGCCAGUUCAGUACAGGUGACAGUUAAACAAGAAAAUCUAGCAGAUGUUAAGGUGAAGGAGACUGAAGAAAUUCAACAAGGGAAAGAAGACCAUUCAUGUUUGCCAGAAGAGCAGCUGUCUGGCCAAGGCACAGUUACCUCUGGAAAUGAGACAGAAAUAUCUGAAGAACUGGAAUCAGAAGCAGAUGAAGAUGAUAGACACACAAAUGAUUCCGUUGAAUUGGAAACUGACAGCGACGACUGUAUUGUUACAAGUCCAAUAUCCAAAAAUAUUAUACAGGCAACUGAAAAAAUCAAGAUUGAAAUUAUAUCAUUUUGUCUUUUUGAGUCACGAAUUGUAGAAGAUGAAACAAUACAACAACUGUUUGUAGAAUGCAGAUUUUACAAUUUCACUGCACACGAGACCCCAAUGUCACUUCCAAAACCACCAAGUGGACACAGGGUUCACUAUAACUAUAGCAGUGUGAUACAUGUGGAUGAGGCAAAUAAUCGCGCAAGAAGAGAGUAUCUCAAGUCUAUACUUCAAAAGCCAGAUCUAAAAACUGACAGCCUACUGUUUACAGUGGUCAGUGAUCCCCCAGAAGACAAACAGGAUCUUGAAUGUGAAGAUAUCGGUUUUGCUUAUGUCAGCUUGAGAGAGAUAUUUCAGAAAGGAAGGGAUGUCAUCGAGCAAGAUAUUUUUGUUUUUGAUUCGCAAGAUGAUAGUGCAAUAAUUGGUAAGCUUAGAGUAACAGUGGAAGCCCUCCAUGCACUGCGUUCAGUCUACGAGGAAUGCAAAGAUGACUCGGAGGCAUGAAAGGGAAGUUUGCCUACAGAAGUUUCUUCUGCAAAUACAUACUUGACAGUGUUCAAAGAUGAGAUCUUCACAAUUCUUAAAAUAUAUUUAAUGUAUAAUUUAUACAAAAAGAACUCUUAAUUUAUAAUAAUAAAGUUUUGUAAACUUU